CGGAAGGUCAUUGAAGGCACCAAAUGCAGCUGCAGUCUGUUAUGCCGAUCUACCCCAUGAGGUCCCGUACACAGUCUGUGUGACAUCCAUGGGUUGGCUUCCAUAUGAGUAAUUGGUCGAUACACCUGGUCGCGAAUCUCAGGACUGGUUGCUGUAAUUGUAAACAUUGAGUGUCAGUAACAGUUUGUAUCUUUGUUGACCUAUUCUAAAAGCGUUGCCUUGCUAGUUAGUGGACAUGCUAGUCCGUUAGCUAGCUAGCGAUAGAUGCGUUUAGGGCAAGAGGGCGAGACAGAAGAGCGACGUCGGGUAUCGGUAUCUGUCUGUAGAGGUUUGAGCAGAAGCAGAGUCCUGAGAGGUGGGGAGGCGGCUUGAGGAUCGGAUGGAGGUGAAGCAGAGAUGGUGUGACUGUCAUGACUGCUCUCGUUUGGAUGCUUGCAUGGCUGCCUCAUGUCCUGUCAGCUAUGAGUGAACUCCCAAAGCUGUUCAAUCCGACACUGAACUCAAGCCAUUUCAUUCACAUGCUUAAAUGGGAGCCUCGACCAGGGACGCCCACAGGAGUCUACUACCAUGUCACAGUUACCACAGAAAGGGGAACUGCCUGGGUGCCAGUCGUUGGCUGCGAGCAUGUCCAGCACCCACUGGUCUGCAACCUCACAGAAGCCUUCUCUGACCCAAAACAGCUCUACUUUACCGAGAUUAAAGAACUGCUGAAAGCACAGGUCUCACAGACAGUCAUACUCCCAGGAUUUAAACCCAUCGAAGACACUCAACUGGACCUGCCGCUACUGACUGUGACCCCAUGUGGAGCAGAUCUGUGUGUGGACCUACAGCCUCCCAUGGAGCACCUUAGGGAGAUCUACGAUUCUCUGAAUUACAAACUGAGGAUUAAGACCAACAAUGCAGAAAAACUACAGUGGUUUACAAACACCCAGUCUUUGAGAAGACAGGUUGUAAAAGACAUGGCCUCUGGCAGACGGUACUGUGUGUCAGUCUGCUUCUCUCAAGGGCUGGUUUCUAGGGAGUCCAACUACAGCCAACCUGUGUGUGCUUCCAUCCUUGGUCACUAUACUGCAGACCCAUGGAUAUCAGCCACGUUGUGUUUGUUGGUGUUGUGUGGUCUGGUCGUUGUGGCCCUGCUGGGCUAUACUGGUUUCAUCUAUCCGAGGAGACCACUGCCAUUGAUCCUGAGAUCCAUCCAUCACCUGGAGGACAUUCGAGUCAUUCCAUUCUGCAGCUUGUCAUCUUCUCUCUUGAAUGUUGAACCAACUCCGCCCUCUUCAGGUGAAAAGAAAAGCAACCAAACAUCUGACGAGAGCGAUGGGGAGAGUGUAACUGACAGCACUGGUGGGAGAAGAGGAGUAGGUUAUGAAAUGCCAUUGGGCAAUAAUCUCCUCUUUUCCUCCUCUUCAUCAUCUUUGUCAGCUCUUUUAUCUCCGGAGCCUGAACCCUUGAUUUCAAGAGACACACAUUCUAAUGCUGGACUGGACGAAGCACAGAGCACACACACAGCCUCCCUCUCUGAUUCAUUAACUAUAUCAGACACAGUAUGUGGGACUGAAGGACCAAUCCCACCAAAGGAGGAGGAGGGCAGGAAGGUGGUGAAAGAAGGGGGCAACCAGGAUGUGGACCUGCACACAUUAACCUUCGGCAGGCUUGAAGAGGAGGGGGAAGAGGUAGGGAAAUCACAUUUUGACUUGGAGAUUGAGCCAGAGUCUUCCUUUGCUUCAGAGGCCUCACGAACUAGAGACUCCAAGGAAGUUGUUAUAGGAACUGUUUCCUGCUCUGUAGAGGAGGAGGAGGAGGAGGAGGAGGACGUCGACUUUGGAUAUAUGGGGCGUCCAUGUGCAAACUAAUUGUAGAAAUCUUGAGGUUUUCCAGCUGUAAGUUCUUUUAUUUUCUUUACAUGUUUAUAAUGUGUUAAAAAGCAGUGUUAAACGACAGAGUGUGAAACUCAUGUCUCCGUACUGGUCUAGAUUCAUUCUCAUCAGUCUACACACUGAGAACUGUUGUUUUUCCAACAAAAGAUGUUUGAUCAGUUGUAUUAUAAGCAGCCUCAAACAAAACCACUUUAGGAGAACUUUUCAAAUGAAUCAUGUUGUUCUCAUAUUCUUUGGCACACAAAGUCAUGAUCAGAUAGUGUAUCUGUAGUGGCCCCUUUUAGACUCUUAUAGCGGUUGCAGAUACUCUUGCCUAAAAACACAUUUCUGAGGUCAAAGACCGUAUGGAUGCCCUGCUCUGCACCGCUUUCUAUUACCACAGGCAAUCAUCAUCACAUUAACCAUAAUACAUCCAUAAAUAUUUACACAAAUAGCAUUGUUAAUUCUAAUCUAAGGAAAACAAAUCACAUCCUUUCAGCAAAUUGGGGAACACAAUGGCCAUCACAUGGAAAUUACUAACUUAAGUUCAUCUUUUAUUAAGUUCAUAGUCCAUGUAAUUAUUACUUUCAGAAUGUUCCAUUUUAAUGUUGACUCACCAGAUUCAAGGCACACAAACGGAUCUCUGUACUAUUUGAUCCUUUACUUCCGGGUUAGGUUGUGCAGAACACGCAAAGUACAACCAGGAGUUUCUCGGACUGGAGUUUUGACAAUAUCAACAUUCAGGAAAAAUUAAUAUUUUGUUCCCCACAUUACUAUCAAUAUGGCUUGCUAAUUUACUCAGAACAUUUUAAAUUGUUGGGGCAUUUUGUAACUUGUGGGCUCCAGAUUGGUGUUUGUCAGGAACAGAUCUCACUCUGCCAGCUGCCUCAGGACCGGUCCAGAACCCUAACCCUCCUCCUCUUCCUGUUCUAGCAGCGGCCUCUGCAACUGGUCCGUCCCCUCGGACGCCAUCAACCGCGUAGAUUUAGAAAGAUGUUUUGUGGCAUCUAACUUCAUGUCAAACCAUUCAUUCAUCAAUUUGAAUUGUGUUCACAGUAAUGUGCUGCUCUGAUGGCAGCCUUUUGACAGCAAUGUUAAUGUUUUCUAACGUUCAGAGUCACUGCUACAUGUGUUUGUUUGAGACUAGAAGCUCACGGUAACUUCAGCUCUGAUCCUCAUGUCACAAACCCUGUGGACACACACCAGAGUUCAAACAACUGGUGACUAGUCAAUGCUGUUAAGAGUGUUUGAAAAAACCUCAAAGGACGUAAGAGGCUAAGGAUAGAAGCACCUCCUCCAAUUGGACGGAUGCUUUGGGGAACAGUAGAAGUUAGUCGCAGGUCAACUUUGUAUUCUACUCACUAACAGCUUGAGUGUCUUAAGGCUGUUUCUCCUUCAAUGUGCACUGAAAACUUUUUCAAAAAAAGGUCCACUUGAUGAGUACUGUAUUGCUUUUUUUUAACGUCUUUAUUUAAUAAUUUUCAAUAAUUAUCUUGUGUUUUUGUAAAUAAUGGAAAAAAUAGCAGUUGAUGAGUAAUUAAAGGAUUUGUAAAAUGCGGCUCUACAAUACAUAGUAAGUAGUGUUUUGUAGAUUCAUGUACUCUUAAAUUGUGACUGACAUUAUGUCUUGACUGAUUGUCUGUGAAGCUCCAGAUAUUCAACAUGGUUUUCAGCAGGAUGAUAGUAAGAAUUAUUAUCUUCCAUUACAUUUUUUUAUAUCCUGUUUUUACCAAGCAAUUACACUGUCUCUCCAGUAUACAUACUGUAUACAUACUGUCUAUCCAGGUUACAUACAUGCUUGUCUAUUUUUAUAUUUGCCAUAUUUUCUUAAUUUGUCAUGUUCAGCAUUGCAAUUAUUUGAAGUUACACAUUGUAUCAGGAUAUUCAUAUAUAAUACAUGUGUUUUUCCAAGUUACAGAUGCAACUAACUAACACUUUAAUCAUUGUAUUUGUAUGCUCACUGUAAAAUGUUUCCAUUUAUAUAACUCUGUCAGGCUUUCCUAAAGACUGAGUACAUCUUGCAUUUAAUAAAGAUACAUUCUAAAUAGAAA